GUACAUGGAAUCCUAACGCAGAGGAUACCAACACUCAGCUCUUGCAUUUCCCUCUAAAUUCUCCUUCCCUACAUAUAAAUAUAGAAUUUGAUCCCUUCCUUUUCAUUUUUCUCUCUAAAACCGUUGAAGAAGCUCAAUCCAUUCUCCGGCCAUCUGAGAAUGGGCGCAAACGCAUCGACUCUUCCGGUAGAGCACGACGGGCCGAGGCCCAAACUGGAGGACAUACCGGAAUCCUGCAUCGCCCUGGUCCUUUCCUACUUGGACCCGCCGGAGAUCGCCAAGCUGGCCCGACUCAGCCGUGCUUUUCGCGCAGCAUCCUCCGCCGACUUCAUCUGGGUUCCCAAAUUGCCUUCUACCUAUCCCUAUAUUCUCUCCAAAUUGUCUGAUCAGGGUGGUGCCGGAGACAAGGGCAAGAAGGACGUUUAUGGCAGGCUAUGUAGGCCCAGCUCCUUCGAUGGUGGCACUAAGGAAGUUUGGAUUGAUAAGCGAACAGGAGGGGUUUGUUUGGAGAUUUCGUCAAAGGCGCUAACGAUAACGGGAAUUGAUGAUCGGAGGUAUUGGAAUCACAUUCCAACUGAUGAAUCCAGAUUUCAAACCAUCGCAUACCUUCAGCAGAUCUGGUGGCUUGAAGUAGAUGGGAACCUUGAGUUCCCAUUCCCGCCUGGAACUUAUAGUCUGUUCUUCAAACUGCAGCUUGGAAGGGCUUGUAAAAGAUUGGGCCGUCGGGUAUGUAAUUCUGAUAAUGUACACGGAUGGGACCUAAAACCUGCACAAUUUCAGUUGAAAACGCAGGACGAACAGCAUGCAGUAUCCCGUUACAUGUUGGGCAACUUAGGGACCUGGGUACACUACCACGUGGGAGAUUUUGUUGUUGAGGAUCCCAAGUCGUUAACAAACGUAAAAUUUUCUUUGACUCAGAUUGAUUGCACGCACACCAAAGGUGGUCUUUGCGUAGAUUCUGUCUUGAUAUGCCCGAGUAGUUUAGGAAAGGAGUUGUUCUCUUCUGUAGAUGUCGAAGUUUGUAAAAAGUUGUAGGUUCUCGCAUUAAGAACAAAACUAAGGAAGCAGAGAUAAUGCUUUUCCAGGAGCCGAUGUAUAUUUUUGUUGGUCUCGGUUUCUCUGUUCUGGAUUUGUGAAGAUUCGUGUGCUUCGAGUUUUGCUCUCUGGUAGUGCUGGAUGCAUCUUGUACAUAAUUUGAGGAGACAAGACUAGUUUUGAUAA